CUUUCAAAGACUUUCGUAACACCAUCAACACGUGACAAGUUAUGUAGUUCGCAAUGGAUCAAACAACAUACAUCGUUCUUCUAAUAUUAUCCUCAAAAUGUGUUGGGGUGAAUAUCAGAAAUAUAGUGGUACCAACUUUAGUGGAAGUUGGUACCCAAUCCGUGGUGCUUGACUGUCAAUAUAGCAUCGACGAGAUGUCUCCAAAGGUCGGCCUAGUUAUGAAAUGGUUCUUCAACGGAUCUUCAGGGCUCGUGUAUCAGUGGAUACCGCCUAUGCGGCCACAAGUUAUUGGACUUCUUAAGGGGAAAGUUGAUUUGGACUUUAAAAUUUCAGAUGAUCCCUUGCAAGCGUACAGAGCAAUAAAAAUACGGAAUCCGACGACAGAUUUGAGCGGAAACUACACUUGCGUCGUCUCGACGUUCUUAGAGGAGGAUCGGCAAACGAGGACAAUGCUUGUAUACAGUCCAGCACAAAAUUUUCGUUUCGUCCAAGAAAAGAAAUACGUUUUCCUAGUCACGUUAAUAUGUUCUGCUGAAAAUAUGUAUCCAAAACCUAUAAUGGUCAUACUAUCAAAUGGUGUACCAUUAAAACAAACAGUGACAGAAAUAAAGAUGGACUCGUGGGGUCUCUACUCGGUAAUGUCAACAGCCGUGGUACACGACGAUGACGUUAAGACGCCUCUCGAAGAGUUCGUAUGUGAGCUGUCUUUGCCGCCAGCUAAUUAUACGAUUAAUAGAACCACCAUAUACUAUCCUGGAUUAAUGCCAACCGCAUAUAUCGCCACAUUUGAGGUCAACAAACCACAAGAACGAUUAUCAAAUGACUCGGGGGCAACGAACUCUACAAGCAACGGAUUUGCGAUAAUUUUCUCAAUUCUCGUCUUGAAGUAUAAAUGUAUAAAUAUAUAA